CCGCCCGCCAUGCCGCCUCUUCUGCCCGCCUCUGCCGUCCGCGGUCUUGCCAUCCGCUCCUUCUCAACAACAUCCCCCGUCUGCGCCCUCCGCGACACCUCUUCCAACCGGCCCUCCCCGCGAUCCUCCCCCUACUACAACAACUACAACAAGUACCGCUCAAAUCAGCAGCAGAACCAGCAGCAGCAGCAGGGCAACCCGGGCGACGCCGCAAACUUGAUGAUGACCCGCCUCAAGCGCGACGGCUCUGUGACGCUGCGCAACAAGCAGGCCCAGCUCGAGCAGCUGCGCAACCAGAAGAACUCGGCCGACUACCUGCGGCAGAUGCCGCGCCGGUGGGAAGCCGGAGACGUCUACUCGCCGCACGACAUGAGCCCCGUCGAGAUGCAGAAGUGGCGCAAGAGGUCGCCGCGCAAGGCGGACGUUGUGGAUGCGCUGGGGAUUCGGCCGCUGGACAUGUACAAGAACUUCUCUCUGAUCCAGGAAUUCACUUCGACGUCGGGCCAGAUUACGCAUUCGUCUGGCACGAGCCUGCGGCCUGUCAACCAGCGCAAGAUUGCAAAGAUGAUUCGCAGGGUGCAGGGCAUGGGGCUGUACCCCACGAUCCACGCGCAUCCCGAGAUGAUCAGGGACAGCUUCUUCCCUGAGAGGAGGUAG